AGUACUUGUUCUUAUUCUUUAAUCACAUAGAAGAAGUUUCGAUCGACGCAAAAGAACCUGAAAGAAAGAAACUUUAGCUUUGACGAACAGGACGAGUUCUUCAACACAUUGUUCUGCGUGUAAAAGUUCUUUCAACUACUACGUCACAACCGUAAUCUUGUAAAUGUACGUAACUCGUCUCGGGAUGGAGUGCAAGUAUACGAACGAGAUCGAGAUUUUUAGAGCGAAAUAGGAGCAUCAUCGAGUGCGUUAUCUGAUUUGUCGGUCGUUCGUCGAAGAUGUAGGAAUGAAUCUUGUCUCUCAACAUCUGUCGUGGUGCAUGCCACCGUUCGCGUAAGUCAACAGGAGCCAUCCUCUCGUCCCUUUUGAUAAGGAUAAGGAUUUUGCCCUCAUUCACACGACCUCGCUCGCCCACCCGUUAUGACCCCCAUCUUCUGGUUGAGAAAUUUAUACACACGAACCUCGAGUCUAAGUAUGCAGACAUCGGCUAUGUCAGUGUUUUGUAAGUGCUAGAGUUUUGAUAUACGUCCCCACUUUUCUAGACUGUAGCUAUUGAUGUUAUUUUCACUUUCUAAUACUAGUAUCUAAAUCUAACUACGUUACUUCUGAAAGGAAUGGCAAUGGUCAUGAUGAUGUUGACAAUGUCGCUAUCGUGACAAUAUCCAUCCCCCUCGCCACCUAUCAUCUCCAAAUAAUAUCAAACAUUAAUGUUCCAUAGCAGUCUUAGUUAGGGAUACAACAUCUUGUAGUAAAAGGAGAAUCAACUGAGUCUACUACAAGAUGGCAGCUGCCGAGAAGGAACCGCCCUUCUGUGGGGUAUGGAUCGAAUUGGAACGGUGUGUGGAUUGUCACACCCACGAACACUGCACCAGACACGUAGAGGCGAAAUACGACGACUAUGAGAAAAGGUUGUCGGAUUUGCUCGACACGAAAGUCCCGAAAGGGAUGCCUUAUAAGGUAGUGGAUCUUGAUAAAAGAAGAUCCAGUAGAGUGUAACUAGUAGAUAGAAGUACCUCACAGUUCUAGAAGUUGUUAGAUUCUUUUAUGAUUUCAUCAUCUCCAUACACCUCCAUUUUUUUACAACAGUUCGUCAGAAAUCCCGGCCCGAAAUCGCAUGGUGUCAACUGUAAGAAAUCCGAGUACAACCCGUAUCUCUACGCCGCGUAUGCCCAGAACGAUGACACAGGGAGAUGGUACCAGACUCAAGUCUUCCGAUACCCACGCAUCGGUAGUUUCGAGAUCUUCGUCAACAAAGGCAAGGCACGAAGAGAGGUCUUCUCGAAACUGAAGACAGGUAAAUGGUGCAACGUAGAAUGGGCUGUCAGUAAGGUGCUAGAAACUGUCAAUCAACUCGGCGGAUGGGAAGCAGUGCCAGAACCACCAAAACCGAAGAGGAAAUUUAUGUUCAUGUUCUUUGCCUGCUUCGGUGGACGACCUACUUCCUGACUAAGUACUUGUACUUAUAAUCAGAAAUAAGAAGUCCUCCUCUCCUGUCUAUUUCAAAAUGAAAAAUGUCGAGCAGUAGAAGUUAAGAUGCUUAAAAAGAACUUCCAUCCCCAUUGCUUAAACACUUCCAUCCCCAUCUUCCCUCUUCUAAUCUCAAUAGCGGUGUUGGCGGUAAGAUGAGCAUUAGCGAUGACGAGUUGCGAUUGCUCAUGAAGAAGAAGUUUGCGACACUCCUAACUGCAUUCAAGUCAUUCGACAAGAACGGUGAUGGGCAAGUGAAUAGAAAGGAGUUCUCAACCGGUCUCAGACACGUUGGCGUGGACUUACCGCCCAAGGUGGUUGACCGACUAUGGGCACUGGCGGACACUGACGGAACAGGAGCACUCGCAUACACAGAAUUCGCAAGGAAAUUCGCUCAUUACAGGUAACGAAACUAAGACAACAGUAUGUACAACUGUACAACAAUAACCACUGGUAGAGUUGUUACCCAGAUGAUGUCGUGGGAUGCCUAUUAAUUUACAGUUUCAAAAAAGUAAAACCUUUUUCCCAGCUGCACUUCGCUUCAACAUCAUAAUCACGACCCCCAUCCCUUCACCACAGGGCAUCAGCCACCCUCCACAAGGAAGUUGGCUUCGCAUCAAAGGAGGACGAGCAAGCAGAAAAAUUGCACGGUACCGGAGCCGGUCGACGAAUGACACGCAGUAGUAUUCAGAGGUCGGAUCAAGCCGGCUUAGCCUUUGAGGUGGAUGCAGAGGAUUUCAAUGCUGAUGCGAAAAAAGAUUAUGGCCAAUGUAGAAGAGGAGUGAGUAGUUGUUGUUGGUUCAUGCUCAUCUAGGUGUUGUAGACGGUAGGACUUUUACAUUUACAACCUAGAAAAUAGUAAGUAUGCUGGUCCUCUUGUUAAACAUUGUCCAGUACAUUCAUCAUCAUCAUCAUCAUCAUAAAUUAAGAUCAUUCUUAACCUUAUCGUUCGCGAGUUCUUAUGUGACUAUUGCGUAGCAAGCAGUUGCUUAUGUCUUUAUUGUCGUUGAUCAACGAAGAAGAAUUCCACCUCCAACUCCGAGAAGAGAUGACAGUUGGGAUGAUCGCAAGGACGGGAGGCGACCUCUCAGCCAGAGAUAUCGAGACUCUGACAGGAGAUGAAAUUCGAGCUCUCUGUCUCCAAAAACACGGCAACCUGCUGGUCGCCUUCCGAGCACUCGCAGUCGGAAGUAGUGACUUCAGAGUGGCAUAUAGGUACUCGUCCAGAAUAUUAGGGAAGCUUGAUUUUGACCCGAAAAAUAGGCGCAUUACUUCGACUAAGCGCAAUCUAUACUCUGCUGACGUGCGCACUAGCUCGCACUCGUACAACUUUGACUCAGCAUAGUACUUGCUACCGUAACCUUCUCACCUCCUCCUCCACUGAAACCAACCACAAACAGCGACUUCAUGGAUCGCUUCCCAGCCGUAGUGGGAAAGAAGCCAUCUGCUUUGAAAAUGAACCAAGUCUGGCAGAGUAUGGAUGCGGACAUGAGCGGAUACAUCGACAUGAACGAGUGGUCUUCCAACAAGUGCCUGGAUAAGACCAGCAAGACUUAUGGCUGAAAGUAACAAUUUUUUCAUUGUCAUUCUGGUAAGUAACACGACGACGACAGUAAGUAAUUGUAAUAGUAAAAAUAAUAUUUAUCAGAGACUGCCUUUGAAGGUGAGACCUAUGGGGCUGACACCAGGACGACGAUAGCGCCGGCGCUUAAUUAGUUUUAGCAGGUAGCAGGAUACUUGUUGAUAGUUGCCCUUUUCUCUUUCCUAUCUUCCUCUGGUCUGUCUUUUUUCUAGUUAGGUCGGCUCCACCACAAUUUAUUAGAGACUAGCUACAACUUUAUUAGAGACUUGAUUUUCAUCAUUUUGAAGAGUUGCUUCACCAUCUGGUUCUGGAUAGCAUGUUGGUCAAGACAACAAGACAGCUGAAUCUAACAAACGGUGCUCAUUAUGAAGGGCAAGGCUGCCUACACGAGUUCGCAAGACGAGGGUUCUGCUCCUGCGCAAGUGCUGGAAUAGGAGUUGCGUAGAUCAGAGAAGAAAAAUUAUUAGUUGGGUAAAAUGAAUCUCAUUGAUAGAAUAUUCCGAUAUCACAAUCACAUUGUCCUUGUCGUAUAAUAGUGUUUCUAUCGUUCUGGUUGAGCUUCGGAGGUACUACUUCCCUACUGGAUGGCCUCACAAGUAGAUGCUAAUAGCUACAUAAGAGGCACCAUGACCACAUGACAGACAUCGUUUAUUACUGUCCAAAGUACUUCAAAUGGUUAUGUUGCAGAGCUCAUCCAAAAUGAACCUUGAACAAGAACUAACAUCGAAUAUUAAGUAUGUUGAUGCAAUUUUGUUAGCUAUGACAGAACUACUCAAAGUUCUUCUUAGGUUUAAUAUGUAAUCAAAGUUCUUCUUAGCUAUAAUGCUUCUAGACUGACAAUAUCAAUAUUCACCACCAUCUAAAAUGAACAAUGUCGUCCAUCUCAUUGCAUUCUCCUAUUGAUCAUCACACAAAAAGUUUUGAAGAGACGAAAACAUCAUCUAAGUAAUGCGAAUGUUAUACUGAUUAGAGCUUCGUUGAUUCAAUAUUCGUCAUAGAUCUACUGUCGUUAUCCACAAAUCUACUGUCGUUAAUAUCACAAAGUAGAUGUUACUCCACUUAAUGCCUCAACAUUAGUUAUAUAAGAUAAUUUGCCCCCUCAAGAAGAUUAUCAGAUGUUCGUAUGUUGUGAUGAAUUUGAGCAGAAUCAAGAAUUAAUUUUAUAGAUAUAGUCCGGGCGUCAUUAGAUGAAAAAAGCCAGGUAAUGCCACGUUGCCGGCAGCACCACAAAAAAUCUGUACAUAUACAAUCGAUCUCAUUAAUGCGAUCAUGUUCUUCUUACAUUAAUAUGAAUACCUUCUUCAUGAUUAGGAGGUGUUGCCACCUUCUUAGGAAGUUCUUAUGUGUGAUAUAGAAGAAGCUCAAGGUAACGACCCUAGUCAUCUAAUCUUAGAUGAAAGAACAUAGGCAUCGGGUCUGCAGCUACGAAACAAGAAUGAAGAGGAUAUUCGCUCUCGCGCGAAAAGUAAGAUGAAGAAGUAAGAGAAGAUCGAGUUGGUUUCGACUUCCCGUAAUUGUACUAACUUGGAAUGAUCAAGACUCACUCUGACUCUUGCGUACUUACAU